CAUGUCCCCCAACUCUCAUCUCAUCCUAUGAUCCCAAGAAAUCCAGGAAACAAUUCAACAUAUCAUAUUUAGCAACAAAAAGAAGAAAAAAAUGAUGAGUUCAGUCGUGGUCGUCGUCCCGAUCAACCAAGAAGGAGAUGAGAGAAGUAGAGGAGUUGCAGGAAACAUGGAGAAGAAGACGACAGAGAAGCGUGAUCUUCGGUGUUGUUUUGUUUGCAAGAAUGGUUUUUCGGUCAUUAAGGAAAAAAUGGCGGCGGCGGUGAAAAGUGAAUACGACAAGAGAAAAUUGGUGCACAGCAUUAAGGUUGGAAUAGCUUUGGUUGUGGUCUCGCUUUUGUAUAUGCUGGACCCGCUUUUCCGGCAAGUGGGACAGAAUGCGAUGUGGGCUAUCAUGACCGUCGUCGUCGUCUUCGAGUUUUUCGCAGGUGCGACACUGAGCAAAGGGAUAAACCGAGGAAUUGGGACCAUCGUCGGCGGCUUACUAGGAUGUUUUGCGGCGGUGUUGGCCGAUCAACUUCCCGGCUAUCGCAGUGCUUUUGUCGUUGGCAUUUCCGUUUUCAUUAUAAGUGCGGCGGCGACGUACUCGAGGUUGGUGCCUGGGAUCAAAAGGAAGUACGACUAUGGAGUGAUGAUCUUCAUCCUCACAUUCAACUUGGUGGUGGUUUCCGGCGUCCGCGCCUACAAGGUCAUGAAGCUGGCUCGGGAGCGUCUUUGCACCAUCGGAAUGGGCUUUGCCGUCUGCAUCUUCAUCAGCCUCCUCAUCUUCCCGGAGUGGGCCGGCGACGAACUUCAUUCUUCCACCGCCUCCAAGUUUGACAAAAUCGCUUCUUCAAUUCAAGGGUGCCUGGAGGAGUAUUUCAUGGUUUCCGGAGAGAAGGAAAGCCAAGCAAGUGCCGAUGUCAGUGGUUGCAAAGCUGUCUUGCAUUCCAAGUCCAACGAGGAAUCAUUGGCAAAUUUUGCAAAAUGGGAACCGUGGCAUGGGAAGUUUGGGUUCUCUUAUCCAUGGGGAAAGUACAUGGAGAUUGGGGAAGCUCUAAGAGAACUUGCUGCAACAGUAGUGUCUCUUAAAGGUUGCAUUCAAUCGCCUGCACAGCCAUUGCCAAUACAAAGAGGAAUCAUCAAAGAGCCCUGCGAAGCCCUGGGAGUAACGCUGGUGUGGAGUCUAAGGGAGAUUGGAGAGAGCAUAAAAGACAUGAAACUAUGCAGAGCUAAGGGAACAAUAAGUCCAAAGUUACAGUCCAUGAAACAAUACAACCUUAAGCAUGUGAACUCAUCAGCUUCGGAUUUGGGCAUGGCAACCUUUGUUUUCCUGUUGAAUGAGAUGGUGGAGAAGGUUGAAGUGUUGGCAACAAAGGUGGAACAACUAGGAGACAUUGCUGGGUUUCACAGCAAAAAGAUGGAGGCCUAGAUAUAUAAAUGAUCAUAUUCAAAGGUUUAACCAUACAAAAUAUAGUAAAUAACGGUUAAUUGUUGGAAUUCAACGUUUACCUCAGCUCUCUUCUGACUUUGAACUUUUUUUUAAUACUUUUGAGACUUUAAAAUCGACUUUGGGAAUCUCUACGAAUCUGUCUCGAAGGGAUUCAAAAGUCAUUUUUAAGACUUUUUUUAAGUUUCAAAGUUUAUUAAAAAAAAUUCAAAGUUCAGAAGGUCGGUCCGGUGGUCCUAGCAUUUAAGCAUACAUAAUAUAUAAGAUCAUAUCAAGUCGUACAAAAAUAGUGGUAUUAUUGUACCCAUCCUCUGUAUAGGAUGGUGUCAAAUUUGACUUUUGGAUCAAGUCUAUGUAUAGAGGUGGGAGGGGGAAACAGAGAAAUGGUAAAUAGCUAGAUGGGAAGAUCAUUAUUAAAAGCCUUCCCAUGAGAACUUUAAUAAAUGUAUCACUCUUCUUAUAUAGUA